UUCUGCGCCUCCAACGCCUCUGGGAGCGGAGGCCAGGAUCCAGUUCCUCGCUCUCUGCUGCCCUAAGAGGGCCGCACCUGAGCUCGUGCAGGACACGAGAAGGGUCCCCUCAAGGACCCAGGGCUCGCCUUCCUUUUAGGGACCUCAGCAAGGGUGUGAUCCCGAGCGUAGCUGACAGGGUGGCACGGGGCUCAGAGCGCGUCCCCCCAGCCAGAACCCGGCGGGUGCUGUAGCUGCACUUGAACCAAACGGCCUCCGCCGGCCGCCACCUCCCGGGGCUCCCGAGGGCCUGUUACCGCCUCCAGCGCCCCAAGUGCAGCCGCUCCCGCGUCUUCAGCCUCAGAGCCCCGGGGAAACAUCCCAUCCCCCAGAUAAGGGCGGAUUCACGGAGAAGAGACAAUGCUCAAGACUCCAAGGAUAGCAAACUCCUGGACCACCUGAACUGUCCUUGAAGCUUGAGUUUAUAACAUCAGGGGCGAACAUGCUGGACCCAAAAAGUGAACUGGAGUUUUUUGAGCAGGAAGAUGUGGAGGAGAUCUCCCAACUCGCUUCCCUGGAGACGUCAGAGGAUGUAGCACCCAAGAGAAGAGCUUCACCUGUUGUCCAAGAAAAACCCGGCUAUCCGGACCUCGUGUACUUGAUGGCGGCGAACAUUUUUCAGAGUAUCCGAAUCGAAAAGUCGCCGGACAAAGCCAUAAUAACGUACGGGAAUGAACCUCUGGAGGUUCGAUCCAAGACUGAGGAUGAAACAUUUCGGCAUCUGUCCUAUGAGUUGGCUUUCAGUGCCCUGAAGUAUCAAGAUAUUUUGGAAAGUUUAUUAAUAGACAGCGGCAUCUUCCCAAGUAGCGGAAUACCAUAUCAUCUGACCAGUCUUAUUGUUGUGAUGCUGUACGAUUUCCAAGAUAGAAAAUUUCAGCCACGUAUCCUUCCUGAAACUGAAGUAGAAUCCUUGUCAGAAGUUCAAGAAGUAGAGAACGUUCUUAACAGCUCUAAGACAAAAUUGGCUGCAGCAUUGGCGAGAUGUCGAAUCAAACACGAUGCCCUGUCAAUUUACCAGAUCCUACCAGAGACGGUUAGGAAACAGGAACAGCGGGCCUCCACUUUGCCUCUUUACGCUUGGAUAAAUACUGGCAAAAUCAGCCUUGAAGAAGUUUAUAGUAAUCUGAGAGGAAAAGGUUAUAAUAAAGUCAAAUCUGUAUCAUAUCUUGAAGAUAAAGUCUUUGCUGUGGAUCAGCAUUGCGGGGAUGUCUUAAUUUUCCCCUCUCAUCUCAAAAAAGAUCUUAUAAACAUAGAUCUUUUCAAAGAUUAUAAGCUUAUUCUUCAGGACAAAUCUCGAAGUCUUGCUGUCCACUCUGUGAAAGCCUUAAUAAAUAUGGAUGAUGAUAUCUUAAUGGUCAACACAGGCUCUUGGUACACAGUAGCCCACAUGUCAAUCUUGACAAAUAAUAAUACUUCAAAAGUAUUUGUAUGUGGAAUACAAACACAAGUUAAGGAUCCUGACGUGAAGACACUUUUUAAAAAAAUGGGAUGUCAAAAUAUUGAGAUACUUCAUGAAACAUUUGUUGACAUUGAAUCAAAGGAUCACAGGCUGCAGAACGUUAAGGUCAUUCUGUUGCUGCCUCGUUGUUCAGCGCUAGGUGUUAGUAACCCGGUGGAAUUUAUUUUAAAUGAACAUGGAGAUACAGGUUUACUUCAAGACCUUUCUCAAGGUGGGCCGACAGAAAAUAAGCUUCAGACCCUUGCUGAGAAGCAAUACCAACAGCUGGCACACGCCAUGAAAUUUACUAAAGCUCAAGCAGUUGUUUAUUGCACAUGCUCUGUUUAUGAAGAAGAAAAUGAAGCUGUUGUUAACAAAGCUCUGGACAGUCAAAACCAAUUGUUUAAAACACAACCUUACAGGCUCAGUCCCCCUGUUCUUCCACUGUGCUCCUUAAAAGAAAUACAACUGUCUAUGGACAAAUUCUUUAGAAUGGAACCAUCCGAUAUUACCAAUGGUUGUUUUCUUUCUAUUUUAACAAGAGAGCGAGACCCAUCCGAGACGGUGUCUGUGAGAGACGUUCUGGCCCGAGCUGCAGCCAAGGGUCUACUGGAUGGGGUUGAAGUUGGGAAGUCAUCCAAACGGGAGAAGAGGAAGAAAAAAGCAAAGGCCUUACUGCCCAAAGCUCCUGGGACCGAUAACAGCACCCAGAUAAAGAUCACCGAGUUCCUGAAUCGAGAAAACAAAGCGAGUACUUCUCGGGUUGAGACGUACACGGCAAAAACACCUCUCCCCCCCAAAACCGUGACUCACGCGGCGACUUCCCCCCAGAUUAAAAAGGCCACCAAGCCUGCCGCCAAUCCUUUACCGACGGCAUUGGUAAAGAGCACUGGUUCCUCCAGGCCGGUAGACAAGCAGACAUACUUGGUGAGACCUCGGCCGGAAGGUAAAGUGAUUCCUCUGAAAUCUGUCGAAAUCGUUUUGCCGCCAGUAAUGUUCCCGUUCCACAAUUCCCCGGGGGGCAGAACGCAGAUGCCAGCAGGCCACUUUUAUUACCGCUUUGUUGGAUCAAAGGCUAACGUGCCCAGCUUUGUCGCCUCAGUACCCAGAAGAGGGGAGAAGCCUAAGGAAAACACACCUUUCUCCCUUAUUAGGCACCCUAGACCAUGGCUUUGACGGAGUGGCCCUUGUUACAAAGUGGCUGGGGUUUCUUCACACUUAAGACACCGUUUCACAAGAUACUGGUGCUUUUGGUCACUCAGUAUCUUCCAAUGCAACAUAACCUCCCGGGAAGGAAGACAGAUGAGAAAGAAUAAUGGAGGGGACUGAGUGCGCAAAAUUAUGGUUUCAUGAGCUCAGUGCUAAACAACGUUUUAGGAUGCCCAGGGGCAGACUGGAUCAGCUUGCAGAACUCGUCUCACUCUUGGGAGUUUCAAGUGCGGACCAAGCGCAGCUGUCUUACCUGCGGGGAACAUAGUAUCCCUUUCAGCAGGGCUGCCUUGCAGAUUCCAUUGCCCGGCCUGGUCGAGAGUUCUGCUGUGCUUGCCUGAGAUCUAGCCAAGAACCCGAGGCCUGAGAUCUAGUUAAGAACCUGAGGCCUGAGAUCUAGCCAAGAACCCAAGGCCUGAGAUCUAGCUAAGAACCUGAGGCCUGAGAUCUAGCCAAGAACCCGAGGCCACUCCUUACCUAGGCGCUUCCUGCAGCUGAAACCUCUUGAAUCACAGUGGAGGCCAGCUCCACUGCUCCUGAGACGGGACAUGUCAGGAGGUCCUCUAACGGACUGAGCUUCUGGAGGGGGACACACAGGAAAUCCUGAGUGCCAGGUAUACACAGUCCAGAGGUCCAUUCAGAAAAAACAAAAAACAAAGAAACAAACAGACAGAAAUGUUUCUGGAGAAGUUCCAGAAUCCUCAGUAGACUGAGCAUGGUAACCCUGCCCUUCUGUUUACGUCAAACAUUGCCGGAGCAAGGAUAGUGAGCAAGCUUCUACCCACAAUUCUUAUUCCGAGAAAGAGGUCUAACUGUUGAACACAAGUGACAUAUCAUUGAAUAAACUCAAAGGUUUCUGAUUCUAUGCAAAGAUCAGGUGACACAGCCAAAUGUGCAAGUCAUUUCAAUGGCACAGUGAUCAAACCUUGGUAACUCAUUUCUGGAUGUACAAUUAAAGUAUAUUGUAGUACUAUGUUAAAUAUGUUAAAUGUCAACUACUCUUAGCUAUAUUAACAAUUGCCUACCAAUAUUGACAUGAUUAUCAUUUCUGGGUCUGAUUUUUUUCAUCAUGGCAACAGAAAUUGUUUGACAUUAAAUAAAGUUAUGACUACAACUCUUAUUUUUAAAAAUCUCAGCCACAUUCAUAGUUUGGACGUAAAGCUUUAUCUUCAGUUGAAGUGUGAGUUCUAAAUGCUUGGUUCAGGUAGCUGAAACUGGGGCCUGUUUCAGCGCAAGCGGGCUCUCUUGUCUCACGUUAAGCAAAGAGAUCAA